UCCUCCGACUGGGAAAAGAAAACCAUUGAAAAAGUGAGCCAAGGGUUUUGAUUUUCCAGUUCCGGCGACGUUUACUCAACUCUCCUCCGACACCGCCGUUUAACUCCACCGUGUUAGCUUCAGCAAUCAAAGAGUUCUUCAAAGCGUUGGUACAGCGUGGGUUGAGAUAUAUACCAGAGAUGGACAUUGAUGAUGAGAUCGAAGCUGCUGGGGAGAUCAAUCUUUCUGAGCUAGGAGAAAGUUUUCUCCAGAGUUUCUGCAAAAAAGCUGCAACAUCCUUCUUUGAAAACUAUGGACUUAUAAGUCAUCAGCUCAACUCCUACGACUUCUUCAUCAAACACGGGCUUCAGAAUGUGUUUGAUUCCUUUGGUGAGAUGCUCGUUGAACCGUCUUUUGAUAUUUCAAAGAAGAAGGCCGAUGAUUGGAGAUACGCUACUGUUCGAUUCGGACUAGUCACCGUCGAGAUGCCCACAUUCUUUUCUGAUGACAAGGAGCUUCAGUUUCUCCCAUGGCAUGCCAGGCUUCAGAAUAUGACUUACUCAGCAAGGAUCAAAGUAAAUGUCCAAGUUGAGGUGUUCACAAAAAGUGUUGUUAAAAGUGACAAAUUCAAGACCGGACAAGACGAGUAUGUUGAGAAGAAGAUACUAGAUGUCAAAAAGCAGGACAUUCUAAUUGGUAGAAUACCUGUCAUGGUGAAGUCUGUCCUUUGCAAUACAAGCGUGCAAGGAAAGGAAAACUGCAAUAAGGGGGAUUGUGCCUUUGAUCAGGGUGGAUAUUUUGUGAUAAAGGGUGCUGAGAAGGUGUUUAUAGCUCAGGAACAGAUGUGCAUAAAGAGACUGUGGAUUUCUAAUUCACCAUGGACAGUCUCCUUCAGGUCCGAAACUAAAAGAAAUCGAUUCAUUGUGCGCCUCGCAGAGAAUCUGAAAUCAGAAGACUAUAAGAGAAGGGAGAAAGUACUGACAGUGUACUUCUUGUCGACUGAGAUUCCAGUCUGGCUUAUGUUCUUCGCGCUGGGGGUUUCGUCAGACAAAGAAGCCAUGGAUUUAAUUGCUUUUGAUGGUGAUGAUGCAAGAAUUACCAACAGUCUCAUAGCUUCUAUCCAUGAAGCUGAUGCAAUUUGUGAAGGUUUUCGCUGUGGGAACAAUGCUCUAGCAUAUGUUGAACAGCAGAUCAAAAGCACCAAGUUCCCUCCUCUUGAAAGUGUGGAUGACUGCCUCCGCCUGUAUUUGUUAAGAACCAUGACCAAGAACAUGCAGAAACACCUCGCAGGCGAUGGUGAUUUAAAGCCUAUUGAGCAUUAUUUGGAUGCUUCCAUCAUCACAAAUGGGCUUAGUAGAGCCUUCUCCACUGGACAAUGGUCUCAUCCUUUCAGGAAGAUGGAAAGGGUUUCAGGUGUUGUAGCUAAUCUGGGUCGUGCAAAUCCAUUGCAGACUCUGAUUGAUCUGAGGAGAACGAGACAGCAAGUCCUAUACACUGGCAAGGUUGGAGAUGCGAGAUAUCCGCAUCCGUCUCACUGGGGCAGAGUAUGCUUUUUAUCAACUCCAGAUGGUGAAAAUUGUGGUCUCGUGAAGAACAUGUCCCUUCUUGGACUUGUUAGCACACAAACUUUGGAGCCUGUGGUGGAAAAGCUCUUUGAUUGUGGAAUGGAAGAGCUGAUGGAUGAUACCAGCACACCAUUGUGUGGCAAACAUAAAGUUCUUUUCAAUGGAGACUGGAUUGGAUUAUGUUCAGAUUCUGAAUACUUUGUCGCGGAGUUAAAGAGCAGGCGGCGCCGAAGUGAAUUACCUCGUGAGAUGGAAAUUAAACGAGAUAAAGAUGACAAUGAGGUGAGAAUUUUCACUGACGCUGGUAGACUACUCCGACCUCUCUUGGUUGUGGAAAAUCUCCACAAGUUGAAGCAAGACAAACCGAGACAGUAUUCUUUUGAGCAUCUUCUUGACCAAGGGAUUCUUGAGUUGAUCGGGAUUGAAGAAGAAGAAGACUGUAAUACAGCAUGGGGAAUCAAACAGCUUCUGAAGGAACCAAAUAAUUACACGCAUUGCGAAUUAGACUUGUCAUUCCUGUUGGGUGUGAGCUGUGCAAUUGUCCCAUUUGCAAACCACGAUCAUGGGAGAAGAGUUCUCUACCAGUCCCAGAAGCAUUGCCAACAAGCCAUUGGUUUCUCAUCAACGAACCCUAACACCCGCUGCGAUACACUGUCCCAGCAGCUGUUCUAUCCCCAGAAGCCACUUUUCAAGACAUUGGCGUCGGAGUGUCUUAAAAAAGAAGUGCUGUUUAAUGGCCAGAACGCAAUUGUUGCUGUGAAUGUUCAUCUCGGGUACAACCAAGAGGAUUCCAUUGUGAUGAACAAGGCUUCACUGGAACGUGGUAUGUUCCGUUCAGAGCAGAUUAGAAGCUACAAAUCAGAGGUUGAUAGCAAAGACUCGGAGAAGAGGAAGAAGAUGGAUGAGGUUGUUCAGUUUGGAAAGACACACAGCAAAAUCGGCAAAGUAGACAGCCUUGAUGAUGACGGGUUUCCUAUCAUUGGUGCUAACAUGAGCACUGGCGAUAUUGUCAUUGGCAGAUGCACCGAGUCUGGGGCUGAUCACAGUAUAAAGCUCAAGCACACUGAGAGAGGAAUUGUGCAAAAAGUGGUAUUAUCAUCUAAUGAUGAGGGGAAGAAUUUUGCUGCGGUUUCUCUGAGACAGGUUCGUUCUCCAUGCCUUGGAGAUAAGUUUUCCAGUAUGCAUGGGCAGAAAGGUGUUUUAGGCUAUGUAGAGGAACAGGAGAAUUUUCCUUUCACGAUCCAAGGCAUAGUUCCUGAUAUUGUGAUAAACCCGCACGCUUUCCCUUCUAGGCAGACACCGGGUCAACUCUUGGAGGCUGCGCUCUCCAAAGGAAUCGCUAGUCCUAUACAAAAGAAGAAGGGUAGCUCUGCUGCAUACACCAAAGUGACUCGUCAUGCUACUCCUUUCUCCACUCCGAGUGUCUCUGAAAUCACUGAGCAGCUUCACAGGGCUGGCUUUUCAAGAUGGGGAAACGAAAGGGUCUACAACGGUAGAUCGGGUGAGAUGAUGCGUUCUCUGAUAUUCAUGGGCCCAACGUUCUACCAGCGACUUGUCCACAUGUCAGAGGACAAAGUCAAAUUCAGGAACACCGGACCAGUCCACCCUCUCACACGGCAACCAGUGGCAGAUAGGAAGAGGUUCGGCGGAAUAAAGUUUGGAGAAAUGGAGAGAGACUGCCUAAUAGCUCAUGGUGCUUCCGCGAAUUUGCAUGAGCGUCUCUUCACUCUAAGUGACUCCUCUCAGAUGCACAUCUGCAGAAAAUGCAAGACCUAUGCGAACGUGAUCGAGAGGACUCCAAGCAGUGGAAGAAAGAUCAGAGGGCCUUACUGUAGAGUGUGCGAAUCCCCAGACCAUGUGGUUAGGGUGUAUGUGCCUUAUGGAGCUAAGCUUCUGUGUCAGGAGCUGUUCAGCAUGGGCAUCACUCUCAACUUCGACACCAAGCUCUGCUAGCUGAUUCCCUUGUCUUUAUUAUUGUCUAUAUUUUAUUUAACGGUAUAAUAAUGGCUUAGUGCCUUAAGACUCUCCCAUGCUAAGAUGCUAUCGUGUAGUUUGAACCACUUGCACUGAACUAACCCGUAGUGGUUGCAGUUGCUUUUGUGAGAUUUGACUCUUAACCGCUUAUGAUUAUCGUAUCUUAAUAAAUCGGUUUAUAUAUUCCGGUU